AUGCUGAACAUGUGGAAGGUUCGAGAGCUGGUGGACAAAGCUACCAAUGUGGUGAUGAACUAUUCGGAGAUCGAGUCCAAGGUGAGAGAGGCUACCAAUGAUGACCCUUGGGGACCUUCUGGUCAGCUGAUGGGAGAUAUCGCAAAGUCAACCUUCAUGUACGAGCAGUUCCCCGAAGUGAUGAACAUGCUGUGGACCAGGAUGCUGAAAGACAACAAGAAGAACUGGAGGCGGGUCUACAAGGCAUUGCUGCUGCUAGCUUACCUGAUCAGAAACGGAUCGGAGCGAGUGGUGACCAGUGCACGAGAACACAUCUACGACCUGAGAUCUCUGGAGAACUACCACUUCAUUGACGAGAACGGGAAAGACCAAGGCAUCAACGUACGCCAGAAGGUGAAAGAGAUGGUGGAAUUCGUCCAGGAUGACGACAGACUUCGAGAGGAGCGAAAGAAGGCCAAGAAGAACAAGGACAAAUACAUUGGGGUGUCCUCAGACAGCAUGGGAGGGGGAAUAUUAAAAAACUCUUGCGAGCUGGAGCGCAGUAAAUGGGAAGAGGACUGGGACAAGAGCCGGGCGGCGUUCCCCUUUAGCGAGAAGCUCGGUGAGAUCGGCGAAAAGAUCGGCAGUACCAUUGACGACACCAUUAGCAAGUUCCGGAAGAAGGAGCGAGACGACUCCCCGGAUAGGAUCAGCGACAGUGAGGAAGACAGGACAUCCAGGAACGGCCGUCAGGAAGCAAACGAAUUCAAAGACGAAGAAGAAACGGUCACCACCAAGAAUGUCGUCCGCAAUACCCAGGCCUCCGAGACCACCACGACCACCACGCGAAAACGCGUCGGCACACCCUCCAACAAGACCUUGGACCUCGGCGCCGCCGCCCACUACACAGGAGACAAGAGUCCUGAAGACAACGAGGCAUCCGUUAGCCGGCUGUCCAGUGAGGGACUUGCAGACCUGCUGGACAUCGAGCCAGUGGCCAAUCAGAGCUCUGCUGCGGGGGGCUGCUCGAGUGACCUUAUCGGCGGAUUUGCAGACUUCUCAUCCCCAGCGGCGUCCGCUAGCCUGCCUGCUACCAGCACUGCGGCACCAGCCAACGGAAACGCGGACUUCGGAGACUGGAGCGCCUUCACCAACCCCAUGACGUCAUCCCGUACUGCCAACGCUGCUGCGCAACCGAUUGCCGACCUGUUUGGCACCCCGCCGCCACCACUUAACCACGCCCCCAAACCCACCGCUGUCCCACCUUCUGCUGAGCUCUUUGACCUGAUGGGUGGCGUUAGUCAGCCACUUACCAGCAUGCACGCGACGACGCUGAGCGCUUCGCAAAGUUUGACCUUCUCGUCCACCGCUGUACCAACUGUGCCGUCGUCUCGCUCCCAGCAGAGUCUGGGAGGUUUGACGUCUCAGUCACAGGCUGGACUGAAACAGAACGUCGGGGUGGGAGGUCAGGGAACUUUAGGCUCCACCUGGUCUGACCCGUCUGUCAACAUCAGUCUGGACUUCUUGUCGACCGGCGUCAACCCGGUCAAAACGCAAACAGCCCUCAACAACAUCAUGCAACAGCAAGGCGUCCUGUCGAGUAACUUCGGGAGCCUAAACCUCAGCCUGCCGCCACACGCCAACAAAGCACCCAUCAGACUACUGGCCAAUCCCGGCAUGACCUUGGCAAGCGCGCCGCCUUCCAUGACAACAGGCGCGCACCCUGUAAUGAGGACCCCGGCAAAGCAAGAUGCCUUUUGUAACUUUGGCAACUUUGGAAAAUAA